GAUAGGAAUGAUGGGAUUUUCUACUAAGAUUACCAAGAUUAUUUAAAACUAGCUUGUUGAUCUUCUGCAGAAUUAUAAACAAGAAGUUAUUAUAUAUUGUACAAACACUGUAUAUACUUAAAGUGCUGUAAAGUAAAGGUGCUGUAAAAAUUAAUGAAAAAAAUGAAUUUAAAGAGAUAGAAGAUAAUCUAACCUACAAUCUUUGUAUAUAACAGUACAUAAUCUCAAACAAACAUGAAUAUGCGAAUUCUUAGCAGAAUAUUAAUAGAUUUUGCGAUUGGCAGAAGAAAACUGCAUAUGACUUCGAGUUUGCCAUGUUUUUACGAACCUGAUCGAAAGUCAGGUUAUAAAAGAGUGUAUGACAGAUUACCGCCAGAACAAAAUUUGAGUAUUUUUGGUAAAAUACGGGAAGGAUAUCGACAAUUCAAAGAAGAAUUUGGUAUUUUAAUGGAAGAAGUGAAAGAGAAAUUAAGAAUGGAUCCUAUUUUUACGUACAGGCAAAACGAAGUUGACGUUGUAUGGAGAUUUAAGGGCGAUCCAAAGUCAUUGAAUCAAUGGAUCAUUACAUGUGAUAGUGAUUACAAUGAAGGUUUUUCAACAGUCAAAUUAGAGAUGUCUUCCAUUGGUACUGGUGUAUUUUCUGGCAUGAUAAGCACUCGUUUACCCAAGGAUGGCAGGAUAAAGUAUGCUGGUUAUUGCAACAUGACCAGUAUACCUAAACAAAAGUCUUUCAAGCGAGAUGCUUACCUCGAUUGGUCACAUUAUACUCAUCUCGUCCUUCGUAUCAGAGGAGAUGGCAGAUGCUAUGUACUGAAUCUCUCUACUAGAGGCAUAUUUGAUUUGACAUGGAACGAUAUGUAUCAUUAUGUUCUCUAUACCAGAGGCGGACCAUAUUGGCAAUAUGUCAGAGUACCGUUCUCCAAGUUUGUAUUUUCGAGUAAAGGCAGAGUUCAAGAUAACCAGGUGCCAAUCAUACAACACGAGAUUACGAAUUUCGGUAUAUCGUUAGCGGAUGAUAUUUCCGGCCACUUCAGAUUAGAGAUCGAUUAUAUUGGAGUGGAGUACGAUAAUUUCCAUAAAGAAGAGUUUGCUUAUGAAAAGUACGAUGUUAGAGGAAUCAGAUUUUAGUAUGUACAUGUAAAAUAUAAUAAAAAUUCAAAGAAUGUAAUUUUGCUAUAUGUACAAAGAUAGCGGAAGGAGGAAUAUACAUUGUAUAGUAUGAAUAAUAAAUUUGUAUUUAAUUUAA